GUUUCCAAACAAGAGCAGAAAAAAAUGGAUGUGUCUGAUGGAGGAACAGUUGAGACUUCUUCCCGUUAUAGCGGGGCACAGGACAGUGGAAUUGGCAGCGACAGUGUUAAGAUCAGAAUCGUUCAGAUCGAGCAGCACAGUGGUACCAGCCAGCACCGCAUUGCCCGUCCUUCCCGCCAGUCCUCCAUCGUGAAGAAUCUCAAUUUCAUUCCCUUUGACAUCUUUGUUACAGCAAGUCGAAUCUCCUUGAUGACUUACUCAUGCACUGCCUUACCUAAAUCAAAAUCGGUACAAGAUCAGAAGGAUGGUGAGAAAAUAAGCAAAAGCUCCUUGAACCUUCCAGAAGUGGGCUCAGGUGGCAGCCAUGAUACCAAGAAGACGGGUCAGCCAUGCAUUUCCUCUGUCACAGCAGACGAUCUUUUGAACAGUAAUGUUCCCCUGUCUACUGGGAGAAAAACGGGUCUUUUGUCACUGGAAAGUCUGCAUGCUUCCACAAGAUCAUCUGCUCGACAAGCCCUGGGUAUAACUAUUGUUCGGCAGCCUGGUCGCAGGGGAACUGGGGACAUAGAGCUACAGCCAUUCCUCUACCUCGUUGUGUCACAGCCCUCUGUGCUCCUGAGCUGCCACCACAGAAAGCAAAAGAUAGAAAUAUCAGUGUUUGAUGCUGGUCUUAAAGGAGUAGCCUCAGACUACAAGUGUACAGAUCCUGGGAAGACUCUACCAGAAGCUCUGGAUUAUUGCGAGAUUUGGUUGCAGACAGUAGCAGGAGAGGUAGAUGUUAGAAGUGGUAUUCCGCCACCUCUUCUCGCUGUGCGAAUUAAAGACUUCCUUAAUGGACCAGCCGACAUAAAUGUGGACAUAUCUAAACCUUUGAAAGCAAAUCUCAGUUUUGUCAGGCUUGAUCAAAUAAACCAGUUUGUGAAGAAAAUCGUAACCACAAAUGAUGAUGAGCCCAGGAAGGAGGCUGCUCCAUCAGCUGGCGUUACUCCAGAUGAGGAUGUCACUUCCAUAGCCAAACACCCCAGUACAAAGGAUUUGCUACCUGCAGCACACACCAAUGCUGCGCAGAAGGCUUCAGUACAAGAAAACUUGUGGCAAGCCCUUUCCUGCUUCCAGAAAAUUUCCGUUCACACCGUGCAAAUGGUUGUUUCGAUGGAAACCAUCCCACAUCCCAGUAAACCUUGUUUGUUAGUCUCUUUAUCAAACCUCAGUGGGAGCCUGAAUAUUAAAAGUGGACAUAAAACUGCAGGAAUCCAUGGAUCAUCUUUUGUCCUUGACAUAAGAGAUUUCCUACUUAAAACAAGUCUCAAAGAAAGAGCCAGAUCUCUGAUGGGCCCUUUUUGCUGCUCUGUUGAUGUGGAAGCCAAGUGGUGUAAGCACAGCGGUGAUCCUGGCCCAGAGCAAUCUAUUCCGAAAAUAUACAUCGAUUUGAGAGGAGGACUGCUGCAGGUUUUCUGGGGUCAAGAGCAUUUGAACUGUUUAGUUCUUCUCCAGGAGCUUCUGUGGCAGUACCUCACUAAAAAAGGCAGUGUAGAGACAUUGAUAUCUGAACAUACACACCCCACUUGUUUUUCUACCAGAAGGAAUCAGGCCUCAAAAACUGAGCAUACCUCAGAUGAUCUGAGGACAGGCCUGUUCCAGUAUAUACAAGAUGCGGAAGCACAAAAACUGCCCAGUGCCUAUGAAGUUGUGUUUUACAAUGAAACUGAGGAUAGCCCAGGAAUGAUGUUGUGGAGAUAUCCAGAACCAAGAGUGCUCACUCUUGUAAGAAUUAACCCUGUUCCUUUUAAUACCACUGAAGACCCAGAUAUUAGCACUGCUGACCUUGGAGAUGUUCUUCAGAUUCCUUGCAGCUUGGAAUACUGGGAUGAGCUUCAGAAAUCAUUUGUUGCAUUCCGGGAAUUCAGUCUAUCAGAAAGCAAAGUCUGUGAACUACAGCUGCCCAGUAUCAACCUUGUGAAUGAUCAGAAAGAGCUCAUAGCCUCUGAUCUUUGGAGGAUUGUCCUGAACAGCAGUCAGAAUGUGGCUGAUGACCAAAGCUCAGAAAGUGAAUCUGGCUCACAAAGUGCAUGCGAUCAGCUUGUAACCCCCACGGCAUUAGCAGCCUGUACCAGGGUUGACUCCUGUUUUACUCCUUGGUUUGUGCCAUCACUAAGUGUGUUGAUCCAAUUUACUUAUUUGGAAGUCCACCUCUGCCAUCAUCUUGAUCAACUAGGCACAGCACCACCAAAGUCUCUUCAGCCGUUUUUAUCUGAUAAGAACAUGCCAUCUGAACUAGAAUACAUGAUAAUUUCCUUUGAUGAGCCUCAUGUAUAUCUUCGUCAGUGGAGCGAUGAGUCGAUGUUCCAGGAGAUCCAGUUUUCAACUCAAGCCAACUGUAAACUUUUGGAGUGCCGAAACGUGACUAUGCAGAGUGUUGUGAAACCUUUCAAAAUCUGGGGGCAGAUUGCUAUUUCCAGCAGCACAGUAGGAAGGCUACUGGACUGCACGAUAAUGGUGGACCCUAUUUUCAUCAACUUUGGCCAAUAUGCACUUCAUUCUCUAAAUACAGCAAUUCAAGCUUGGCAGCAGAACCAAUGCCCCGAGGCAGAGGAGUUGGUCUUCAGCCAUUUUGUGAUCUGUAACGACACACAGGAGACACUGCGGUUUGGCCAGGUGGAUACUGAUGAAAAUAUUUUGCUGGCUAGUCUCCACAGUCACCAGUACAGCUGGCGCUCUCACAAGUCCCCGCAGCUGUUACACAUCUGUAUUGAAGGCUGGGGAAACUGGCGGUGGUCUGAACCAUUCAGUGUGGACAAUACAGGGACCUUUAUUCGUACCAUUCAGUACAAGGGCCGGACAGCAUCACUUAUUAUCAAAAAAAUCAGUGGAGUGCAAAAGCAAAUCCUAAUCUGUGGAAGACAGACAGUCUGUAGUUACCUUUCUGAAAGUAUUGAACUGAAAGUGGUUCAGCAUUACAUUAGUCAGGAUGGACAGGCUGUUGUUAAAGAACACAUCAACCGCCUUGCAGCCAAGCAGAAGUUGCCUUCCUAUGUCCUAGAAAACAAUGAGCUCACCGAGCUGAGUGUGAAAGCUACAGGAGAUGAAGACUGGUCCCAAGACGUAUGUCUAAGUUCUAAACAUACAGAACACAGCACUGUCAUUCAGGUACCAUCUUCAAAGAGUUCAAUUACAUAUGUGUGGUGCACAAUUUUAACUUUAGAGCCCAACUCUCAUGUGCAGCAGCGAUUAAUUGUUUUCAGCCCUCUUUUCAUUGUAAGGAGCCAUCUUCCAGACCCAAUUAUCAUACAUUUAGAGAAAAGAAGCCUGGGACUGAAUGAAAUGCAAGUGAUGCCAGGGAAAGGACAGGAGAAAGCACUGCAAAAUAUUGAACCUGAUCUUACGCACCACCUGACGUUUCAAGCCAGGGAGGAAGAUGAUCCAUCAGAGUGCGCAGUCCCUAUCUCAACCACGCUAAUUAAACAGAUAGAGACUAAAUCCCAUCCAGGUGGCAAUGUCAACCAAAUACUGUCCGAGUUCUAUGGCACCACUAAUCCUCCCCAGCCUGCGUGGCCCUAUAAUAGGAAGGAUUCAGACAGCAAUGAACAACUCUCCCAAUGGGAUAGCCCAAUGCGGGUAAAGCUGUCGGUGUGGAAACCGUGUGUUAAAACUCUGCUGAUAGAACUCCUGCCCUGGGCUUUGCUUAUCAAUCAGUCCAAGUGGGACCUCUGGCUGUUUGAAGGCGAGAAGAUUGUUCUUCAAGUACCUACUGGGAAAGUAAUCAUACCUCCCAACUUCGAGGAAGCUUUUCAGGUUGGAAUAUACUGGGCAAACACUAAUACUGUGCACAAAUCAGUGGCAAUUAAACUGGUUCAUAAUGUGACCUCCCCAAAAUGGAAGGAUGCCGAUAAUGGGGAAGUAGUAACGUUGGAUGAAGAAGGUUUUGUUGAAGCUGAAAUAAAACUUGGUGCUUUUCCAGGUCAUCAAAAGUUGUGUCAGUUCUGCAUUUCUUCAAUGGUUCGACAAGGUAUACAAAUUCUACAGAUAGAAGAUAAGACAACAAUAAUCAAUGAUACAUCGUAUCAAAUCUAUUAUAGGCCACAGCUUUCUAUUUCCAAGCCCCACUCAGGAGAAGAGGACUUCCACUCACCGGACAGUACGGUGUUCGGCGUCAGUCCAGCCGGGGCACCACCCAGCGAGACGCUGAGCGCUGUGCCCUGCUGGGACCUGAUGUCGGACACCAGCCCCUUAACUUCGGGGGCCCCUCUUACUGAAAAACGCAUGCUGCUGAGUUUCAGUCCAGGUGGCUGCGCUGGGAGUCGUGAGCUGUGGAGCCUACCAGCUGUCAUUAAACAGGAGUUUCCUAGGCAGAGCGUGGCAGUGCCCACAGGGGUUUGUAGUGAAAGUGGAUUUUGUACCAGGGCUAUAGCGCUGAUUAAUCAAGAGCAUCUUGGCGUGACAUACCUAACACUUACAGAAGAUCCUAGUCCUCGUAUAAUUAUCCACAAUAGGUGCUCCGUUCCAUUGCUUGUAAAAGAGAACUUCAAAGAUACGCCAAAGUUUGAAGUUUAUUGUAGAAAGAUUCCAGCUGAAUGUUCAGUUCAUCAUGAACUUUACCAUCAAGUCUCCAGCUAUCCAGAUUGCAAAACAAGAGAUUUGUUGCCCAGCAUUCUUCUGAAAGUGGUGUCGUCCGAUGAAUUAGUAAAUGAAUGGAGUGAUUUUGUGGACAUCAACAAUCAAGGAACACAAAUUGUGUUCUUAACUGGCUUUGGCUAUGUUUAUGUGGACAUUGCCCAUCAGUGUGGAACAACAGUCAUAACCUUGGCACCAGAAGGAAGAGCAGGACCUGUCGAGAUCAACCUCAACAGAAGUCAAGAGCAGACCCUGUCACUGAAAAUGUUCAUCAGUCAGUUAAGUCUUGCUGCAUUUGAUGAUAUUACAAACCACAAAGUGUCAUCUGAACUUCUGCGUCUCACAGCAGACAAUGUUUUUCUCCACAUGGCCCCAGCCACCAGCUACCUGAGACCCCUAUCGCAGGAGCUCCAGCGGGACGCAGUGGACAGCCUCCCACAAUUUCAUAGUCUCCAAGUGUAUUGUGAAGACUUGCAACUGGACAAUCAGUUGUACAACAAAUCCAAUUUCCAUUUUGCAGUCCUGCUAUGCCAAGGAGAGAAAAAUGAGACCGUGCAGUGGUCCAGAGUGAACAACCUCAUUGUUUGUAACAAAGAUUUGGAAAGCUAUAAGGAAAACUGCUUUAUAAAACUCUGCAUUGCUUUUUCUGAGGAAGAGAAUUUCAUGUUUCAUGUGAAUGACCUCAGCUUUGAGCUCAAACCAGCUAGGCUGUAUGUGGAAGACACCUUUGUUUACUACAUUAAGACUUUGUUUGAUACAUAUCUUCCAGAAAACAAAACCGCUUGUCAGUCCAUAAAUACUUCAGAUACUACCCUGAUACUGCCUGAACAAGUGAGAGAGCAUGCAAGAGCUUUAGUCAAGCCAGUGAAGUUAAGAAAAUUAACAAUACAACCUGUUAAUCUCCUUGUCAGUAUUCAUGCUUCGUUGAAACUGUAUAUAGCCUCAGAUCACACCCCUCUCUCCUUCUCUGUGUUUGAGCGAGGACCCAUCUUCACCACUGCCAGGCAACUUGUCCAUGCCUUGGCCAUGCAUUAUGCUGCUGGAGCACUCUUCAGAGCCGGCUGGGUUGUCGGAUCGUUGGAAAUUCUCGGAAGCCCGGCUAGUCUGGUGAGAAGCAUAGGGAACGGCAUAGCCGAUUUCUUUAGGCUCCCCUAUGAAGGGCUGACCAGAGGCCCAGGAGCAUUUGUCAGUGGAGUUUCCAGAGGAACAACAUCAUUUGUAAAACACAUUUCCAAAGGUACACUGACGUCAAUUACCAAUCUGGCAACAAGUCUUGCUCGGAAUAUGGAUAGGCUGUCACUGGAUGAGGAGCAUUACAACAGACAAGAAGAAUGGAGAAGGCAGCUUCCAGAGAGCCUGGGAGAAGGACUGAGACAGGGGCUCUCUCGUUUAGGCAUUAGCCUUCUAGGUGCAAUUGCUGGGAUCGUGGAUCAGCCGAUGCAGAAUUUUCAGCGAGUGUCUGAGGCCCAAGCUUCAGCUGGGCACAAAGCCAGAGGGGUCAUCUCGGGUGUGGGGAAAGGAAUCAUGGGCGUCUUCACGAAGCCCAUCGGAGGGGCAGCUGAGCUUGUCUCCCAAACAGGUUACGGUAUUUUGCAUGGAGCUGGACUUUCUCAGCUUCCCAAGCAGCGCUCUCGUCCAAAUGAUCAACAUGUUGAGCAGGGUCCAAACAGCCACGUCAAAUAUGUCUGGAAAAUGCUGCAAUCUCUAGGAAGGCCGGAGGUCCAUAUGGCCUUAGAUGUCAUGAUUGUGAGUGGAUCAGGCCAGCAGCAUGAAGGCUGCUUGCUGCUCACCUCAGAGGUGCUCUUUGUGGUCAGCAUCAGUGAAGACACGCAGCAGCAGGCAUUCCCCGUGACUGAAAUCGAUUGUCUGGAAGAUGAUCAGCAAAAAGACCUGCUGAAGGUGCAGCUAAAACAACAGAGAGUGCCUUCUGAUUUGGAGGCUGAUGGAGCUAGAGAGAGACUAUCAGAACAACAAUACAACCGCCUCGUGGAGUACAUCACAAAGACAUCUUACCACCUCGCUCCCAGCUCUGCGACAGUGCCAGCAUUGCAAACUGUGGCUAGUGAACACCUUCCAGCUAUAAUGAAAACAUAUCAAUAUGUAGUUGAUCCAAAUUUUGCCCAAGUAUUCAUUAGCAAGUUCACCAUGGUGAAAAAUAAAGCCCUGAGGAAAGGAUUUAAUUAAUUAUUUGUGGUGAGUAUAGUAAUACCUUACUGUUUUGAAAGUCAUGCUUUCUCUGCAGUAACCUACAUCA